CUUGUAUUCAUUCGUUGAUCAAUGUCAGUCCGUUCAUGUUAUUAGUGUACAUUUUAAUAUUUCAAAAAUUUGGAAAGCCUAUCAGAUUCCCAAGACCACGGCGUUGGGUCUUAUUAAUGUUCGCUGAACUACAAUGCCCAUAAUAACACAAUUGCGCUUAAAAAUUUUGCUUACACUGGCUAUAGCUUUCAUACUAUUGCAGUACACGUACGUAAAUUUUAACGAGCAAAAUUGGUUCAAUAGCUCAAUUGUUACCACGGUAAAAAAAUGCCACCCCUCGACGAAUCCCGUGCCAUUAAUUCACCUCAACGUUUCCGGCAUCGAGGCCAUGAUUUACAAUAAAAGACAAACCACACAAACGAAUGAAAAACAAUUUAUCACGCUAUGUCCUGAAACUCCACCUGAUUUAAACGGAACAAUGCGCAUACUCGUACCUGCUCAGGAAACGCUGGAAGAAGUAGCACAACAAUUAUCUUGGCUUAAACUUCUCGAAGGCGGUCAUCAUGAGCCUUUAGACUGCCAAGCCAGAUACAAAAUCGCAAUUAUAGUGCCCUACCGAGACCGACUGUCAAACCUCUGCACUUUUCUUCUGAACAUGCAUCCGUUUUUAACCAAACAAAAAUUGGACUACAGUAUUUUCAUUGUAGAACAAUUCGGCGAUGGUCUAUUUAACCGAGCUAUGUUAAUGAACGUCGGAUUUAAUGAAGCGUUGAAGUUACGUGAUUUCGACUGUUUCUUUUUCCACGACGUAGAUCUUAUACCAGAAAACGAUAGAAACAUUUAUAGUUGUCCCGAUCAGCCGAGACAUAUGUCAGUAGCCAUCGACAAGUUUAACUACAGUUUGCCGUUCGUGGAUUUAUUUGGCGGAGUGAUAGGCAUGAGCCGCAAUCAUUUCGAGUUGGUCAACGGAUUCAGUAACAAUUAUUGGGGAUGGGGAGCUGAAGAUGAUGAUAUGGCAUGUCGAGUCAGAGCUCAUGGCCUUAACAUUACCAGAUAUACUCCAGACGUGGCACGUUACCGUAUGUUAUCACAUGUCAACCAAGAGUCCAACCCAUCGAGGUUUGAAAUCUUGAGAAGCAGUCGGGAACGUUUCAACACCGACGGACUCAACAGCCUCGAGUAUCGAGUAAAAUCACUGCUUCAGCUUCCGUUGUUCACGUACAUUCUGACGGAACUCUCUGGAGGAUGCAACUGAUGGUCAAUGGCCACCGUGUGUCACAAGUCGCUAGAAUUUUGUAUUUCGAAAACCACGCAACAUGUUCUUGCCAUCGCAUUAGUGUUUUUUUUAUUCUCGUUUAUUUGUAUUAUUGAUCGAGUUACAUUAUCGAUUUAGAUUAAAUUAGUUCGAUGUGUGCUUACACACAUCUAUGUGUAUUAAUAGUAUAAAAUGAUCGACGUUAUCGUUCCCUGAUAAAGGAAACCUCCCUAAAAUAUUUUUUUUGUACAUACCAGUUGGUAUAUGAUUAGUAAAUGACAUUUUAUUCCUGAACUAUAACAUUAUCAGAGAGAAUAAUAUAAUAUUUUAUUAUUAUAUAUAUAUAAUUUUUGGUUCAAGUAGUAAGGCAUAAAUUUUCAAAAAUUAAAAAUCUCUUAUUUCAUUUAUUUCAUAUUAAUUUUUAAUAAACCAACAUAGAAGAGGAAAUACUUUUGAGCGUAUUUUAAACUUAUUUAUGAAAUACAUGAUAAUCUCAAAGUUGUAUUCGUAAUAUUAUUAUUAAAGCACGCUGAAUAAAUUACAUAGAAAAUAUAUAUUUAUGCAAAUAAGAAAGAUUUAAAAUAACGAAUACGAGUAUUUGCGUUUGAUCUUAGAAACGUACACAUUGCCUAUUUUAAUUUAAAAAAAUACACUUCUCAAAAUUUAGACAAAUAUGUGUACGUUUAAUUCAAUAUGCUUGAAUAUGUUCAUGUUAAUUUUCUAAAAUAUACUGGCAUAGAAAUCAAGUCAACAAUUAUUUGAACAUAUCAUAUGGGUACAAUAUUUGGUGUCAUUUACAUUAAACCUACGAUUCAUGUAUUUAAAUUUGAAUACUUAAUUUCGUACAUCGAUAGAUCUAAAAAAAUGCUUUGCAUAUUACUCAUUCAUUAAUAAAGAACCCGAAUUAUUACAUUUAAAAAAAUACGUUUGAAAAUAUUUUUUACAUAAU